CAUCUCUGUCCUCCGCUUGUGAAGCGACUGCAGGGGAGCCAGAUGACCGAGUGUGAGCCUCUGCCUGUGGAUACCUGUCCCAGAUGCAUGAGCAGGAGAGAUCCGCACACGCCUUUCACUCUCUGACAGGGACGAUGAGAGAAGAAGAAGAAGAGGGACAGCAAACGGAGUAGGAAUUGAACCGCUUCUAUGUGUGUGUGUUAUCCACCCUCCCCAUCUCCUCUCUCUCUCUCUCUUUUUCUGUUUCUCCUGUUUCUGCGCUUCACAUGAAGAGCUUCUUUGGACUUGGAGUACCGGGCAUCAGUAGAAACCAACCCCGUCUUCUUCUUCUUCUUCUUCUUCUGUGCUGCUGCUGAUGCUGCUGCGGUGCCGCUGCCUCUGAGCACGUCCUCCCAUUGCUUUGGAAUAUCCAGCGUGCCUAUAUGCGCCAAAACCAUGGAGCUUAUAUGACGUGGAUUUAUGUUUUUUUUUUCUCCUCCUGAUCAAAGUGGACAUCUACAAAACCUACGAUCUUCUCUCUUCCCCCCUUUUCCUCACCUCCAUUUCUUACCUUGUUUCUCCCCCUUUUUUUUGCGUUCUUCUGUUUGGUUCUUUCGUUUAUGCGUCUAUGGAUACUUUAUGAUUUCAUGUCCUUAGCCAUCCUCCCUUGUUUUUAUUUAUUUAAUUAUUUACAUAUAAAUAUAUCUUUUUUUUUUUAUUAUUUUAUUUUAUUACUCUUAUUAUUAUUUCUGGUCCGCUUCGGAGGCGCAGAAGUGGGAUGCCUCGCAGAGAACAUUUGUGGGGAGAAGAUUCCGCGCAGCAGCGAGGGUGAAUGAAUGAUGGUCUCCUUCUCCAACUGAGACCUGCCAUGGAUGGGAAACUUAAUUUGUAUCCACGGAACCGAUCCGGGAAUAGCCGUCGCAUUAAAUAACUACUGCUGACAGCGAUCAGGACGAAUGUCAUAGGAUGAACACUGCUGGUGGGGUGUGUCUGUCUGUGCUGUCCUCUCUCCUGGCUGUGGCUGGGGCCCUGGCUGCCGUGUCUGCCCUCGCUCUAGCUCCUCUUUCUGCCCUGGCUGAGGCUGCCUAUGGGGUUGCCAAUAGUGUCCCCAGCACCGGGGCAGAGGGGGCCCCUUCACCCAUCUCCUCACCGUGCUCCAGCUUGGUAGCUGGGGUGCUCUAUGGCUCUUUCUCCCUAAGGGAGCUUUUCCCCUCCAGGGCACCAGGCUGCUCCUGGUCCCUGGAAAACCCUGAUCCCACCAAGUACUCCCUCUACCUCCGCUUCACCCGCCACCCGACCAUCUGCCGGACACACUCCCCUAUGCUCCUGUCACUUGACCACCACCUGGCCAAUCAAAGCUGUCCUCUUCAUCUACAGACGACUGCUGCCAAGGAUCAGGAAGUCAUCGAACUAUGUGGCAGCCAAUCCAGCUCAAAUGGACCUUACGCCUUCCUACAGUUUGAUAAGAACUUUGUUCAGCUGUGUCUAACAAGACAUCCAGCCGCAGAUGAGCCUCAGGUAACCAAGGAAUUGCUGGAACUGAGACUGGUGGAGGUGUUGCUCAUAAACAAUGAGAACUCCAGCCAGUUUACGUGUGGCGUGCUCUGCCGAUGGUUCGAGGAGUGUUUACGAACAGGUCACAAUGGCAACCAGGAGGCCUCUGACGGGGACGGUUGUGGGAUGACCCAGACAGGAUGUAUCUGUCCAAACCACAACAUCAUGGCACCUGCUAUUCCGUUGCUGCCGGAGACUCCGCACAGCUUCAGCAAUGGUUCAGUGGUUCCCGAUGACUGCUGCGUCACUGAGCUGCAUUCCAAUGAUGCAAUCGCCAUAGCACCCAGAGACGUCCGACAAGAUCCAUACGAUGAUGACCUGAAAGUGAAAACGCAGAGACCACGAUCAGCUGAUCAGCCAGGUGUGUUUCAGGCACAAACAGGAGACCCAGCGGCAGAAGAGUGGUCACAAUGGAGUGUGUGUUCCCUCACAUGCGGACAAGGCUGGCAAGUGAGGACACGAUCGUGCGUUUCCUCUCCUUACGGGACGCUGUGCAGUGGCGCUCUGCGGGAGACGCGCAUGUGCAACAACACCGCUUCCUGUCCGGGUGAACCUGGAAUCACAGGCUCAGUGCAUGGGCUUUGGGAGGAGUGGUCGUCAUGGAGUCUGUGCUCCGUGACCUGUGGGCGGGGCUUCCGGAGCCGAACCAGGAAGUGUGUGAACGCAGACGAGGGCGUGGCUUGCGGACAGCCCGAGACUCAGACCAAAAUCUGCAACAUAGCAGUGUGUCCUGUGGAAGGCCAGUGGUUGGAGUGGGGGCCGUGGUCCAGGUGCAGCGUCACAUGUAACACGGGGUCCCAGCAGAGGCAGAGACGCUGCAGCGCCUCAGUGCACGGAUGGGCUGAGUGUAAGGGCCCCCAUCAGGAGACUAAAGAAUGCACCAACCCCUCAUGCAGCGGUGGAGGUAACUGGGGCAGCUGGAACCACUGGAGUCUGUGCAGUAAGACAUGUGACUCGGGUUGGCAGCGUCGCUUCAGGAUGUGUGAGGGCACCGGAGUACAGGGCUACCCUUGUGACGGCUCAGGAGAGGAGGUCCGGUCCUGUAAUGAGAAGAAGUGCCCCGCUCCUCAUGAGAUAUGUAAAGAAGAGCACCUCCUCUCCAUGUCAUGGAAGAGAGCCUCAGCUGGAGAAACCGUCUACAACAAGUGUCCAACUAAUGCCACUGGAUCUGCUAGUCGUCGUUGCAUGCUGGACAAUAACGGAGUUGCUUUCUGGGGUCCUCCGAGCUUCGCCAGAUGCGUCUCACUUGAUUAUAGAUAUUUACAUGUAUCUUUACGAGAGCAUCUCGCGAAGGGUCAGAGGACCCUGGCCGGGGAGGGCAUGUCUCAGAUCGUAAGGAGUCUCCUGGAGCUCUUGCUGAGGAGGAGCUACCUCAGUGGCGACCUUCUCUUUUCCACGGAGAUCCUGCGAAAUGUGACGGACACCUUCAAAAGAGCAACCUACAUCCCAGCUCCCGACGACGUGCAGAAAUUUUUCCAGAUAGUAAGCCACAUGUUGGACAUGGAAAACCUAGAGAAAUGGGAGGAUGCUCACCAAGUUGCUCCCGGUGCUGCACUGCUGAUGAGAAUAUUGGAGGAUUUCAUUCACCUCAUUGGAGAGGCGCAGAAGCCUUUUCAGAGUUUUCUAGUGGUUACCAAUAACCUCAUGAUAACCAUCCAGCGAGAGCCAGUGUCAGCAGUUUCUAGCGAUAUUAACUUCCCUAUGAAGGGCCGCAGAGGGAUGAAGGACUGGGCCAGAACAGCAGAGGACAAGCUCUACAUCCCAAAAGAAGUCUUUACAAUCCCAGCCGAAGAGACGGAGGCAGACUCGGAAUCUACAAUGUACUAUGUAAUUGGAGCCGUCUUAUACAGGACGUUGGGGAUCAUCCUGCCAGCACCAAAUCCCCCUGCAGUGAUUAACUCCAAGAUCUUGACGGUGACAGUACGACCAGAACCACAACCCAGCGAGCCCAUGGUGGUGGUGGAACUGUCACCGCUUCUAAAUGGUACAUCAGAUCCUCAGUGCGUAGUCUGGGACUAUGGCAACCCGGAAGCUGGCGCAGAAAACUGGGGCACAGAAGGCUGCCAAACACUCGCGUCAACCACUGUCCACACCAAAUGCCUGUGCAGCAGGAUAUCCACCUACGCCGUGUUAGCGCAGCAAGCUAAAGACCCGGACAUGGGUCCAAACAGCAUGCCCUCUGUGCCCCUCAUGGUGGGCUGCGGGGUCUCCUGCACCGCUCUGCUCAUCCUGCUGCUAAUAUAUGCUGCCUUCUGGAGAUAUAUCCGUUCAGAGCGAUCGAUCAUCUUGGUGAAUUUCUGCCUCUCCAUCCUGGCUUCGAAUUUAUUGAUUUUGGUGGGACAAUCUCAAACGCUUAGCAAGGGUCUUUGUACUGUGACUGCUGCCUUCCUGCAUUUCUUCUUCUUGGCGUCCUUCUGCUGGGUCCUGACGGAGGCGUGGCAGUCCUACCUCGCCGUCAUUGGGAAAAUGAGGUCGCGCCUCAUUCGCAAGCGUUUCUUGUGCCUCGGCUGGGGUCUCCCAGCCCUAGUUGUAGCAGUGUCUGUGGGUUUCACCAGAGCCAGAGGUUACGGCACAGCUAGCUAUUGCUGGUUAUCCCUAGAGGGUGGUCUGCUGUACGCCUUUGUUGGACCUGCUGCUGUCAUUGUUUUGGUGAACAUGCUCAUCGGAAUCGUGGUGUUUAACAAGCUGAUGUCUCGUGACGGCAUCUCAGACAAAUCUAAAAAGCAGCGAGCAGGUGUCCCAGCGGAGGCGCGUAGUCGGCUGCUCCUGAAAUGCUCCAAGUGUGGCGUGAUCUCGAGCACCGCUCUGUCCAGCUCUACUGCCAGCAGCGCCAUGGCGUCUCUGUGGAGCUCCUGUGUGGUUCUCCCUCUGUUAGCGUUAACCUGGAUGUCAGCGGUGUUGGCCAUAACCGACCGGCGCUCCACACUUUUCCAGGUCCUGUUUGCUGUCUUCGAUUCGGUCCAAGGCUUCGUCAUCAUAACUGUCCACUGCGCCAUGCGCCGAGAGGUGCAGGACGCAGUGCGCUGUCGGAUGGGGGGAUGUAAAGACGACAGUGAAAACUCACCCGACUCCUGCAAGAAUGGACAGGUGCAGAUUAUGAAGUGUCCACCUAUGAGCCACUGUGGGCAGCAGUGUGGGUCUCUGCGUUACGGCACGGUGAUGUGUCUGUCCGGAGGUCACCCACAGCCGCUUCCACCGUCCACAUGCCACCAGACAUGUCAGCAAGCCUGUUGCCACAGUCUGCCCCACAGCCACCCCAGCCACGGGCCAGACCACACCCAUGCCUUCAGCCACGCCCACAGACACGCACAUGAGCCUAACGCCAUUGUGAACAAUGCUCACGGUCUCUCCCAUGACCAUAACCACGCCCACAACCACAUCAGCAACCAUCAUACGGACUUUGAGAAGGAUGUGGACUUGGCAUGUCAAACAGAGAGAGGACACCCAUUCAUUUUCAAGGAGGUGAACACCUGUAAUCCAGCCACCAUCACUGGGACCCUGUCUCGCAUCUCCUUAGAUGAUGAGGAUGAUCCUAAGCUGGCAGCCCAUCAGGAAGGGGGAGUGGGGGUCAACUUCAGCUCACUUCCUGGGAACAUUCCUCCUCCCAACCUGAUCGUACAGGUUCCACCUUUAGGAGGUCUGAAUGAGCUAAGCGAGACUCCACUGAAGAAGGAGGUGAAUGUGGAUCAGCAGAGGCAGCAGGGGCAGCAGCGCAGCGGUGCGCCCAUCUAUCUGUGCACCGAGAGUGGGCUGGGCUGGGCUCGACCGCCCAAUUCCUCCAACACCUCCCAGGACGGAAGUGCUGGAAGUGGAGGAAGUGGAGGUGGAGGAGGGGGGAGCGGAGGGGGAGGGGAGGGAGACUACAUGGUCUUACCUCGUAGGACGGUCAGUCUCAAACCUCCAGCGCCCUCCUCCCAAGGAGGAGGCCUGGGAUUGGGGGGUGAGGACAAGCCUCUCAACAUCGCAGUGGAGGACCCUCCCUUCCCCCCACCUCCCUCUCCCCUGACCCUCCACCCAGCUGAGAGCGAGGCCUAUCCGGCUGAUUUCGUGCCGUCUAGUGUGGGUGACAUGAACAUCACCAUGAACCUCAACCGCUCCUAUGGGACGAUCAAAACCAUGCCCCACAACCACGGCCACAUGAUGGCACAGGGUGGUCUUGUACACUCCCACGGAGGACACUUGCACUCCCACGGGCAUUCACUCCAGCUGAAGCCGGGCCAGAGGCCAUCGGUCAGACAGAUUCUGACAGGGGGAACCGCAGUGGAAAGAACCAGGACCCUGCCACGUAAUCUGGGCAGCACCAAUGCCAACACCAGCCUCUCAGCAGGAUCCCUGGAGAGGAAAAGAGUACGGUACUCUGAGCUGGACUUCGAGAAAGUGAUGCACACUCGCAAAAGACAUUCUGAGCUGUACCAUGAGCUCAACCACUCGUCCAAGUUCCACACCAUAGACAGGUAUAGCAGGGACCCAGCCAUGUCCACAUUCAAGAGGGAAAAGCGAUGGAGCAUUUCGUCUGCCGGAGGUGAAAAGAACUCAUCGAGUGACAAGUCAACCCCGGAGGACCAGAGCUCCUGGGACAGCUUCAAGACCAUGACCCCUGAGCUGACCAUCGUGCCUGGGGAGCAGCAGGAUCGGAUGGAGCUGCACAAUAAGAACUGGGACUCCUCCUCCGCCAACACGCCCGAGUCUUCGGAGGGAGACUUCCAGACUGAAGUGUGAAGUGCGAAGACGCGCACACGUACACACUCACUCACUUGAAUACACACACGCUCAAUGCCGAAAUCCAGCUGCACACGGAAAUACUGAACUCCUGCAAAUCUAUAAAUAAGUACAUGAGUGCAAAACACGUACACACAACCGCUCCCCGUCUCCUGCAACGUGCUCUGUCGGAUCCCAUAUUGUAUUUGUUUACUGCUGCAGUGGACAGACAUGGAAAGAAGACUGUUCUACUCUAUAUUUUCGACAAAAGACUAUUGAAAAGAAAGAACAGGGGCUUGACACGUCUGUGACCGAGAGAAAUUUUUAAACAAACUAAAACUAUAAAAACUUUAUUUCUGAGAAAAAUGUCUUGAUUUUAUUCUGGAGAAAAAAAAAACAAAAUCUCUUUCAAUUGUUUGAAGAUUUUGGGGGGGGGGAAAAUAAGAAAAAGAUGAAUAUUUCUGCACCGUUCCUUUUUAUAGCAAGGGGAAAAAAAUCUCACUGAGGUUUCUGACACUAGUAGCCCCAUAGGCACCACGCUUUCAUUUUUUUUUUUUUUUUUUCCCUCUAAUGGAUGACGAAAGCGCUGAAUCUUGCGGUCUUUUUACUUUAAGUUUCUUUUCGUCAUUUGAAUGGAUUGGGGAUGGAAGACGUGGAAAGAGCUGCAUUGAUACGUGCCAUCCUCUGCUUUUUUUUUUUCAGGUUCCGGUUCAAUAAUCCCACAUCCAUCCAUUCCCCUCACAUCCUCUGUGUCAACAUUGUAUUCCCCUUUUUGUGUAUUUUCUGUGAUUUAGUUAAAAAAAAAAUGUCCUCCCUGAUGGUUUGAAACUUUUAAUGAAAAAAAAAAAAAAAUAUGACUGAUACAAAUAACUACCAACUUGAGUUGUGUUCUAUGGUCUAACCGUUCAAGAAGAAUGAUGAUUUAUGACGGUUUGGUUCGUGCUUGUGCUGCCUUUUCUCUUUUUGUUCCUUUUUGUUUUGUUUUGUUUUUUUUCCUGUGAGAUUUAACCCAUGUGGAACUUUAAGAAAACGAUGUAGGACACAUACAGCACAUAAGUGUGAGCUUGCUUUCUGAGGUAAUGUGUGCCGCAUGUUAUCUGCUCUCGAGGGGAAAGAAGGGUCGUGAUUGUCAUGCAGAUUCUCGCAUCUCCUUCACUGUUUUUUUUUUUUUCCCCCCUUGCUUGGAGAUAAAAGCCUUUAAAGAUUGCAACAUCUGAAUCCAUUUCAGCCAUCACCAAUCAUAGUAAUGCUCAGAAAAGAGAAUAUCUCAGUCAUUUCAACCCAAAUGGAAUUCCUGCAAGCUCUGUUUAGCGUCGCUCGUUCCUCAAAACUGUACGCUUAUAAAGCUUAGAGUGAAAUUUCAAUCAGCGUAGGGGCCAAAUUACCUCUUUCCAGUUACCAAAUUAUUGUUAGAUAACCUGAGGAGAUGUGUGUGGAACUAGAAACCAUUUUCAACCGUUUCUUUCUUUUCCUAAGGAUCUCAUUGUGAAUUUAAAGAAAACCUUUCCAAACAUAGUAACUAAACAUGCCUUCCUUUGCUUUCAUCUUCCACCUCUUUCCAUAUCUUUUUUUUUUUUUUUCCCGUUGCUCAUUCUGCCCACCCGGCGUCGUGCUACAAGAAGGCAUGAAAUCUUAAUGUUAGCAGUGAAGCCAGAUGUAUAAAUCCUGGUUCACAUGGAUCCCCGGCUAUGUAACAGCGUCCUGUGCUGCAUAAUCUGCUUGUGAGCACAGCAGCAGCAGAAAAGCAAAGAAAUGGAAACACAGUGAGGGGUUCGCAGAGGUUAUACCACUACGAGGAUGCAAAGAGACAGGCAGACAGACAGGGAGACGGAUGAGAAAAUGGCAAAAAAAAAAAAAAACAAGUGGUUACGCAUCCUGCUUCAUAUUCUGUCAGUGGUGACAUGAGGAUGACCGGUUUCCUGUUGCUGCUACAUUACCACUUCAGUCCUCCGCACUCUGACAAAGCAGAAAGUGUCAGGGAUGCAGGAUGAAUUCUAUAGAGGGCUUGAUAACUUUUCUGCCUGCGUUCAAAGCGGCACUCAUUAAUCUGGGGAAAGAGAUGAGACUAUUU